AUGUCACGCGCGCUAUUUUUGCAUAUCGCAAAUACAUUGGCGGCCCGGGAAGAUUACUUCAAAGAAGGGUUCGACGCUAUUGGCCGUCCUAGCCACACGACGCUCCAGAAAUGUACUGCAGCUAUCCGUCAGCUUGCUACUGGACAAACGGCAGAUUUGUUCGACGAAUACCUGCACGUCGGAGAAACCACUGGGAGACUUUGUUUGUUGAACUUCUGCAAAGGCGUCCGGGCAACCUUCACCGACAAAUUUCUGAAGAAGCCAACCACCGCAGAUUGUCAAUUUAUGCUCCAACUUCACGAACAAGUGCAUGGAUUUUCCGGGAUGCUUGGGAGUGUCGAUUGCAUGCAUUGGCAAUGGAAGAAUUGCCCUGUGGCGUGGAAGGGAUCGUACACGAGCGGCCACAAAGGCACUCACCCCAUCGUUAUACUCGAGGCCGUUGCCGACUGCCGGCUAUGGAUCUAG